GGCGCGUCGGUCUGCGGGCAGCGGCUGGACCCGGAGGUGACCGGCGGCUGUUCACGGACGCGGCGAAGGGAGGGGGCCGUCGGCGCGGACCCGCCCGAAAUGAAGCCCCCGGCAGCGUGCGCGGGCGACGGCCCGGCGGCCGCGGCUCCGAGCGCCCCCGUGGACUCGCUGCGCUGGGACCUGAGCGCGCAGCAGAUCGCCGAGCUCACCAAGGCGCUGAUGGCGCAGACCAAGCGCGUGUACGACCAGGUGGGCGCGCAGUCCUACGAGGACGUGUGCUACGAGAGCACGCUCAAGGCGCUGGCCGACGUGGAGGUGACCUACACAGUUCAGAGGAACCUCCUCGACUUCCCCCAGCACGUGUCCCCCUGCAAGGACAUCCGGGCGGCCAGCACGCAGGCCGACAAGCAGCUGUCGGAGUUCGACGUGGAGAUGAGCAUGAGGCAGGACGUGUACCAGAGGAUCGUGUGGCUGCAGGAGAAGGUUCCCGAGGGUUCGCUGCGGCCCGAGGCGGCGCGCUACCUGGAGCGCCUCAUCAAGCUGGGCCGGAGGAACGGGCUGCACCUGCCUGAGGAGACCCAGGAGAAAAUCAAGAGCAUCAAGAAGAAGCUGAGCCUGCUGUGCAUCGACUUCAACAAGAACCUGAACGAGGACACCACCUUCCUGCCCUUCACCCGCGAGGAGCUGGGCGGGCUCCCCGAGGACUUCCUGAGCUCCCUGGAGAAGACCCGAGGACGGGGGCGGCUGAAGGUCACGCUCAAGUACCCGCACUACUUCCCCCUGCUGAAGAAGUGCCACGUGCCCGAGACCCGCAGGAAGGUGGAGGCCGCCUUCAACUGCCGCUGCAAGGAGGAGAACUGUGCCAUCCUGAAGGAGCUAGUGGCCCUGCGGGCGCAGAAGUCCAAGCUGCUGGGGUUCCGCACGCACGCUGACUACGUCCUGGAGAUGAACAUGGCCAAGACCAGCCAGACCGUGGCCGCCUUCCUAGACGAGCUGGCCCAGAAGCUGAAGCCGCUGGGGGAGCAGGAGCGGGCGGUCAUCUUGGAGCUGAAGGAGGCCGAGUGCGCGCGGCGCGGGCUGCCCUUCGACGGCCUCAUCCACGCCUGGGACAUGCGCUACUACAUGAACCAGGUGGAGGAGACGCGCUACCGCGUGGACCAGAACCUGCUCAAGGAGUACUUCCCGGUGCAGGUGGUCACGCAGGGGCUGCUGGGCAUCUACCAGGAGCUGCUGGGGCUGCGCUUCAGCCUGGAGGAGGGCGCGGCCGCCUGGCACGAGGACGUGCAGCUCUACUCCGUGCGCGACGCCGCGUCCGGCGAGCUGGUCGGCAAGUUCUACCUGGACCUCUACCCCAGGGAAGGCAAGUACGGGCACGCGGCCUGCUUCGGCCUGCAGCCGGGCUGCCUGCGGCCGGACGGGAGCCGGCAGAUCGCCAUCGCGGCCAUGGUGGCCAACUUCACCAAACCCACGCCGGACGCCCCGUCGCUGCUGCAGCACGGCGAGGUGGAGACCUGCUUCCACGAGUUCGGGCACGUGAUGCACCAGCUCUGCUCGCAGGCCGAGUUCGCCAUGUUCAGCGGGACCCACGUGGAGCGCGACUUCGUGGAGGCGCCGUCGCAGAUGCUGGAGAACUGGGUGUGGGAGGAGGAGCCGCUGCGGCGCAUGUCCCAGCACUACCGCACGGGCGACGCCCUGCCCCCCGAGCUGCUGGACAAGCUCAUCCGGUCCCGGCAGGCCAACACCGGGCUCUUCAACCUGCGCCAGAUCGUCCUCGCCAAGGUGGACCAGGCCCUGCACACACAGACGGACGCAGACCCAGCUGAGGAGUACGCCCGGCUCUGCCGGGAGAUCCUGGGGGUCCCCGCCACGCCAGGCACCAACAUGCCCGCGACCUUCGGCCACCUGGCGGGAGGCUACGACGCGCAGUACUACGGCUACCUGUGGAGCGAGGUGUACUCCAUGGACAUGUUCCACACCCGCUUCAAGCCGGAGGGCGUGCUGAGUGCCCAGGUGGGCAUGCACUACCGGAGCUGUAUCCUGAGGCCCGGCGGCUCCGAGGACGCCAGCGCCAUGCUGAAGCUCUUCCUGGGCCGCGACCCCACGCAGGACGCCUUCCUCCUGAGCAAGGGGCUGCGCGUGGAGGCCGGCGAGCCCCCCGCCUGCUGACGCCGCGCGGCCGCCGCCGCCCUGGUGCCUUAGCCGCUGGCCCGGGGGGCGGCACCUGCCCGGCGCAGCCCCCCCUCGCCACUGCCACGCCCGGGGCCUGACCUGGGCUGCGGGGUCCCCGGGUGGGAGCUGGGCCUCCCUGGGGAACCCCGUUCUCAGGAUGGUUCUUGCGACGCGGUCAUUAAAUGUUUUAAACGGAAGCCCAGGCGCCCG